AUGGAAGAUGGCCGAACCCGGUCUCAAGAACUUGACUGGGGAAAGCUUCCUCCAGGACCAUUCACCGAAUGCAUCAAGCACUCUAGACAGGACAGGGAUGUGCUACCACUGCACACACAGUUUUAUACUGGAGUAAAAGAUCCCCUGACGCAUCUCCACUCAUUCCAGUCUACCAUAGGGUGCAAAGGUCUCAGUGACGAAGGGCAGUGCUAG